AUGGCGUCCAUCGUGCAACCCGCCCGGUUCCUGGAUGCGGCCGUUAUGGCGCUCUUCGCGAUGGUGCUUUCCGCCCUCAUGCUGUACAUGUUUGGCGAGUUUUGGAACCUCUCGCAAGACGCGCGCUUCAGCCAAUGGAAGAUCGGUUUCUUCAUGCAGAAACUGUUUCCCUUCAAGCGCAACUUCGACUUCAACCUCACCCACAUUCUCCUCUUCACAGUCUGCGUCCUCCUGCUGAGCUUCCGCCCGGACUACGAGUCUCUGCCGGCCGAGCAGCAGGCGCAGUUCCGCCAGAGUCAGGCUUGCGCGUCGUCUUCCUGUUCGCACCGCCAGGUGGCGGAGUCUUCUGACAAAGAGGGCAAGAAGAAGCACUAA